GACUGUGACUUAAUUGGCACUAACAGGGACUGUAGCGACGUAACGUUAAUAGUUAAUGGUCUAUUUUCCCUCAACACUGAAUGUAUCAUUGUCUACGUCAUCACUAAGCGUCCUCCUGUUCAUACAAUUGCCGGUAACCGCUCUACUCAAACAGCUAACGUUAAGCUAGAAACUGAAAUCCGCUUGCCGUUAACCGAAACGUACUCAAACUGACUUGUUUGCCGAUUUAGUUGGACUGCGUGUUGUUCACUUAUUUUAAGCUUGCUGUUAUUUUUGUAAGAGUAGCAGUGGACUGUAACUGCGACCGCGGUUUGAAGCGAGUUGCUGUUAGCUAAAGGCUAACGUUAACGCUGCCAGAGGGGGAGACGCGACCCGGUGGCCCUUCAGAGGAUGGAUAGUGAAAUCCAACGAGACGGGAGAGUCCUGGACCUCACGGAUGAUGCCUGGAGGGAAGACCGACUGCCGUAUGAAGAUGUCACCAUCCCUCUGACUGAAUUGCCUGAGGCGGAGCAGGACAACGGAGGCUCCACAGAGUCUGUGAAGGAACAAGAGAUGAAGUGGACAGAUCUCGCCCUGCAGAGCUUGCACGAGAACACACCGAGCACUGGAAGCUGAAAGACCAAUCAGCAAUCCGACUACGACAGAAAAAGACACUGGAUCCUGAGGCACAUGUGACUGCUUUAUGCAUUGUAUUGUGUCAUUUGAAUGAUGUCCCAAGUAAGCUGAAAUGAAAAUGUACUUUUCUUGGCUAUUGGGUUUAUAUUGUACUCCUCAAUGUAAAUCAUCAAUGUAAAAUAACAACUUUAUAAUGACAUGAAUAGAAAAGAGUUACAUUUGAUAUCCUUCAGUUUUUUCUGAUUCUGUGCUAAAUUCAGAAAGGUGGGAGGGGGUCAACGUUCAGGCAUUUGCACAGGCUGUCUGUGCUCUGUGUAAAAAAUGAACACAAAUAUUUAUUAACAAUACGUCCGUCAGCUUUCCAUCAUAAAAACAUUGGCUUCAUUUUAUAAAGUGGUUUUCCUCUA